AAGCCAGCAGCGCCCAGCUCGGGUCUCCUUCUCUUUCCGUCGGGGGGCUGCCUUAGGAGUGGUUCGCAGUGCCCUCUCCCCCCCGCCCCAGGAGGAGCCCGGCUUUAUGUGGUGCUGCCCGGAGAGCUCGGCUGACUUUCCGUUCUUCGCUCUCCCCUUUUUUUAAAUGUAUCACUUGAUGGGUGUGAACAGCACAGCCGCAGCCACACAGCCCAAUGUCUCCUGCACAUGCAACUGCAAAAGGUCUUUGUUCCAGACUAUGGAGAUCACGGAGUUGGAGUUUGUACAGAUAAUCAUAAUCGUGGUGGUGAUGAUGGUGAUGGUGGUCGUUAUCACAUGUCUGCUGAACCACUACAAACUCUCUGCACGAUCCUUCAUCAACCGGCACAGUCAAGGGAGAAGGAGAGAUGAGAAUCUAUCUUCAGAAGGAAGUCUGUGGCCUUCAGAAAGCACAGUGUCAGGAAAUGGAGUAACAGAGCAGCAAAUCUACACUCCAAGACCCACAGACAGACUAUCAGUUCCAUCCUUUUUGCAGAGGGACCGUUUUAAUAGAUUCCAGCCAACAUACCCCUACAUGCAACACGAGAUUGACCUCCCACCCACCAUCUCCCUAUCAGAUGGAGAGGAGCCACCCCCUUACCAGGGACCCUGCACACUACAACUCCGAGAUCCAGAGCAGCAAAUGGAACUAAACAGAGAAUCGGUCCGGGCCCCUCCCAAUAGAACCAUCUUCGAUAGUGACUUGAUAGAUAACUCAGUGUUUGGAGGGCCUUGCCCACCCAGCAGUAACUCUGGCAUCAGCGCGACCUGCUAUGGAAGCAAUGGUAGAAUGGAAGGACCGCCGCCGACCUACAGUGAGGUGAUAGGUCACUAUCCAGGAUCUACGUUUUUCCAGCACCAGCAGAACAACAAUGGCAUGCCCUCGAUACUGGAGGGCAGUAGACUCCACCAUUCGCAAAUCAAUGGCCUUGAGAGCACAACCGCAUGGAACAAAGAUAAAGAGAAACAAAAAGGGCACCCCUUUUAA